AUGAGCUCGAGCAAAUGUGGUCUCGAUCCUCUGGUAGAAGAAGAGCCCAGUUGUGGUGAGUUUUUAUUUAUUUUUUGUCUUUUUUCUACACCCCCUCUCACUUUUUUUUUCAUUUUUUCACCUGAUCUACAUGCCCAGCAGAAUAACAAAACGAAGGAAGCACGCAGAAGACACAAAACUGUCAAUUUCAGUCGAAUCGCAGCCAAUUCCACUUCACACGCCGCCGGUCCAACGUCGCAAAAUAUCGGAAGAAGCGGCGGUGACGCGGCCGUGUCAGCUACGAGCCACGCCUUCCAAGUCGACCGAAGGAGGUUCUAGCGCCUCCAAUGUGAUCGGUCCCUUCAGCACGACGACCAACGCCGGAGGAGGUGCGCGUCUGUCAUCACGAAAGUGUGGGGGCGGCUCCCGAUUGAGCUUGACAAGCUUGCUCAGUUUCACCGGACACUCGCCGUUCUCCCGUGACAGGUCGGUCGUUCGUGUACUGUUUCUCUUCCGUUUGAUAAAAAUGUACGUCCAUCAGUCGAAAUGGGGUGGUCAUUGAUCUGUUAACGUGCAACUUGUUCGUUGGACUUUAUAGUUAAUCCAUUGAUGAUACGAUUCUCGGCCUCUUCGCUCGCUUUCAUUGGGGAACGGGGUUAAAUGAACAUAAUCCAGUUCUGUGCACGCAAAAUUAGUCAAAAGUGCAGGAAAACUCUAUAAAAGUGCAACAUGAGAGCUGAUCCGGAAAUGAACUUAAUGGCAGACGGAUUAGCUCUGUUUUCCCCAAAUCAUUCACCACAUUUCACAGUCUAGACUCUUUUUGGCUCAAACCGCUGAACCAGUGGUCAACACCUCAUACAGCAAACGUUGGCAACCUUUUCAACGUCAUUCAUGAUUAGGUAACUUGAUUUGUUUGACUCCAAUACAUAGCAAAACCCUACGCUUCAAAUUCAAGACGUUUUGCACCAGGAGCAUUCAAAGAGUUUCUGGAACCGAGCGUUCUUUGAGGUUUUGAGUUAUGCUCAUUGGAAAAAGUCGAUGUAUGUGAAUGUGCCUUGAUUGUAAAACGUCAGUCGGUAUCAGUUCGUUAGUUAGUUGCAAAACGUCCGUUGUAUGCACCACUCCUGCUCAGAAAUUUGUUAGUUGUCAACCGUCGGCUUGUGGAAAAACGUUCCGAUGCAAACCGUCCGAUUGAUGCCAAACAUCGGUCUCAAUCUGUCUCUGAACAAAUUCUGUUACCCUUAAUUUCUUAUUUCAAGUUCAGCACCAAAAAUCUGGUCUGUAACUAGAACAACGAGCCAGCUCGGUCAAAAAUAACUGAUACUGAGCAUGUUGAACCGAUGUAGCCACGUUCCUCGUUUCCUUUCCGCUUUCCUCGCAAAUAACAAUAACAGGACUGUCGUCUUUGCGUGCUAAAUAUACGAGGUCAGGCAGCCGUGUCCUAGCGGGUCUCAUGUGGUGGCCCCCCCAGCCCGACCGUCCUCUUCUCCGGUCGCCUCACUUACUCUUUACUCCCCCUUCUCCUCCCGCUUCCCCUCACUACGCUCCUUCCGUCGCUCCUACCACUAUUAUAUUCGUUCUCCCCCUUUUCCUCCCCGUUCUCCUCUUUUCCUCACAGAUGCAAAUCCGAGAGGAUUGGACGAGAGAGUCGGAGACGUAGACUGAAAUAAAUAGUGUUGUUGCUAUGUCUGCGUCGCUUCUGGGUGGUUUUUAUACCAACCUACCUUUACAUCUCUUCCUUUUCCCUACACUUUUGUUAGCGACAGGUGAUGGUUUCUUAAGCUUUUCGGGCUAGGCUACACUACAAACUGCUCACCUGUCAAUCUUUGUUCAGAAGAGAGACUUGAGGUUAACACGGAGUUUCUUCAUUUCUUCUUCAUCUGUACCUUCUUUUUUACGAUUUUCAUCCCUAGUUGUGUCUUUUUGCCUUCAAAAUCUCACGGUUAGAAUUUUAUCUAUCAAAUUGUAUUCUGACUGUCUAGGCACAGUGAGAAAAGUAUUGUGAUUCUAUAAAUCUUGUCCGAAGGUACUGUAACAUCAAAAACUGCAUCAUGUGAGGUAUCCUGUCCUCCCGUCCACGGUUUAAUCCUAUCCACCGCCCAUGCCUGUUUCCAUCUCUCAUCAAAAAGCUUCGAGAAGUGUAAAACCUGUCGUAGAGUGAAAGUGAACCAUAUUUGAAGGUCUCUCUCUCUCUCUCUCGUGUUUCUUGUGUCCGUUUUUUUUUCUCGUUGUCUUCAUUUCUUCCCUUGUUGUCUUGUCAUCACCAUCCCCCCCUCCAUCACCAAAACCAAUCCUUCGGUCGGUCUCUUCUCCUUUUUUCGUCCUCCCUCUUGUCCGUGUCCAUUUCCGUCGUUUUUCGAGGCGCCUACUCAUCGUUUCGAAAAUUGGAAAGUGAACUACAUAGUGCACUCAGCUGAUUGACAGCGCCACUUUUUCAUUUUACUACUAUUACUACUGCUUUUCUUCUUUCCUACUUUUGCCCCAUUUGCUGGGUCAAGACCUUGAUCGAAUUAGUUACCAUGAAGAGGAAAGAGAAAAAAGGAGUAAAAUCAUUUUUGAGUAGGGACACAUCAUUUUCAUUGAGACAAAAACUCACUCCCACCGCGCUCUCGGAUAAUUGUCCCGGUCUCGCCGCGAAAAAGAUAAAUGCAUAGAAUAACACUUUUGCUUCUUCAUUCUUCAUCUCCAAUUUCUUUUUUUUCUCCCGUAUCUUCAUUAUCCCGGAUAGAUAUAAGAUAUGAGACACCUCUACAACACAUUUCCACGUCAUUUUCAUCAAGAAGGACGAUUUUUCUUUCAUUUUCAUUCAGUGCUAAUAUUGGUCCAAAAUGUUGUGCCCUCCUUCUCUCUUCAACACGACCCCCCUCUCUUCACAAUUUUUUUAUAUUAUUUUUUUAUCCAAUAAAAUUUGGCUUCCAUCCCGACAUCUCCGGUUCUUUCCUCUAUUUUAGUCUGACUUUUCUAUACUCUGAAAAUGGAAACAUUUCUCUUCAGACUGGUUUUUCAAACGGAAGUGUUGCAAAACCUAGGGAGGCUUAUCUGAACAUUGAUCUGAAAAUUUGUUUGUUUGUACGAUACGACGGCGAAAAAUGAACGAUUUUUUUCGUGUCUCACCUGACUGUUCAGACUAGGUUAGGGGGAAAUGGGAGUGGAACGGAAAAUUGAUAACAACGACGUGAGAUACUUUCGCACAGAUUUUCCAGCAGUAGCAUAUCAAUCAUCAAGCACGACCGCAAAAAAAGUUCGACAUGUGUUGUCGCUCGCCACACAGCUCAGGGGUUAGAACAAGAGCGGAUCCGUGUGAAGAACACUUUUGCUCGAACAAAUGUUACACUGCUCCUCCUCCUCAUCUUUCCUUCCCAUUCCCCCCCCCCCCAUAGUUCUCAUCCUUCAAGAGUCAGUGUUAGUGGUGCUGGUGGUGAGGGGCUUGUGUUUAUUUUAAAGCCUCCACCAUUUUUCCUUCUUCCUCCUUUAUUGUCCCCAUAACUUUCAGUGGUGCCACUCACUUUUUCUGACCUUUUGACCAGAAAAGCCGAGAAAACCCGGAAAUAGCAACCUUUCCCUUACUUCUUUGCCAUCCGCUUGGGCUUCUCAGUUUUGCACGAACAAGUCAUGGUAUUAUUCGCGGAGAGGGUGGCAGUUCAUGAAUAAAGUAGAAGCAUAGCCGUCUUCGAGCCCAGACCCCUCCUAUUUCCUGUCAUUUUCUGGCGCCACGCGUUUUCUUUUGCUUUUGCGGGCAGAAGUGGAACAAAAUAACGGUAGACGCAGCAAUUUCCGCACUUUUAUGAGGCACAGAUUAUCUCUAUUAUUUCGGGUCUCCUUGAAGUCCUUGACGUCACCCUCCCCUUGCUAUUGUUAAAGGUAGACCCCCCCCGGGCCCUUGUGACUUCAAUGGCCUCCAGUGUGAAUAAUGAAUAUUUCGCUUUUUAGCUUAUGAAUUUCAAAUCAACCACAACCACCAUAGCUACCAUUUUCGAAAGGCCACGCGUUUCUCUCCCCUUGUAAUUUUCACCUGUCCAUGUCAAAAAUUUGAUCGAUCAAUUGUGUUUUGAAAUCGAAACGGUUUGAUGUUGAUGAUAGAGAUAGAUACAGACAAUAUUAGCGAAUGUUGACUUCUACGGAUUAUUUUUGGUUUGUGAUCAUCUGAAUGGAAGUGUGUAACAUAUUUAGAAAACUAAACUAUACAAAUGUUUGGAAGGAAGGCGUAUUUUUUCGUACAUUUCCUGUCCGAUUUGUGAAACUUUUAGUAGAAACUUCACACUGAACACUUUUUGAGUAAUAUUGAAGCGAAAACUCAAAGAUCUCCUCUUUUUCUUAACUAAAGAUGACCGAAGUUCGUUUGAAACAUGUCCUCUCUCCCGUCUCCAUUCUCUCCGUUUCAAGUAACAUUCAUUCAUUCAUCCAUCUUUUGCUCUUUUCUUCUUUUUUUUCCAUUUUCGCCCUCGUUUUUCCUUCCACAAAACAUUAUUUGCCGCGAAGGGCACACUUUACCAAUCAACUUCAUUUCCCUUCCACUUCCGCUCUCUAUAAAAAGUGUGAAAAAGGCAAAAAUGAUGUGUGUGUGUGUGUGUGUGUGUGUGGCUGGCCUAAAAAACAUUUUCGAAACACAACUUCAGACUUGUGUCCUUGUUCGAGACAGUGCUUCGCGAGGUCCUUCUCCGACACUUGGCCCGACCGACCCUUUUCGUCGUCUCCCCCGGGCAAACGAGCGGCGAGACACAUACACAUACGCACACUAUUUGUUCUUUGGCAGUUUGUUCCUUCCUAUUUGUGUAUGCCAACCAUCUAUCUCUCACUACCAAACAUUAGCAAGAAGUAAUAUCGGAGCGUCGAAGAAAUGAGAUGAGAUCGGGAAUAGAGAAAGAGGGACAAGUGAACUCGGUAAAAACCUUGGAACCAGUUCUCAGGGUGGGCUGGCUAAAACUGUCUGACUUCGAGCACGGAAAUAGAUAAAAACCGAACCUGAAUUCUGUUCUCUUUUGCGCCAAAAGUGUCCCGUCUUCUUGCUUGCUCUACGCGAGAUUGAUAAGCUAACAGUUUUCUGCGUAAAUUGAAGAGUUUGUUUGAAAUUGAAAGGGAACAUUCGAGAAUGGAAACUUUUUGAGACGUUUCCAGUUUCGUCUUUUUGCUUGGCAAAUGUUCGGACGAUUCUAAUAUUGACAAAUUCUUUUAGAAUAGCUUUCAUUGAGAUUUUGUUAGGCUUCUACCGUAUUUAGUUGUAUUUUUGUUUUCUAGAAAAUAUUUUUGUUGACUCAACUGAUUUUUACGGGACCGACCUGGACCUGUUCAUGAAUGAUGUUGUGAAAGGAUGCCAGACAACAACAAGCGCUAGUUACUCAAAUUGACCCCAACUUGAUCUGUCUUGUUAACUCUCGUUUCUUUUCCAGAUGAUUCUGAACAGAACAGUACCAAAUUCCUAUUUGUGCUCACACAGUUAGUAAACUUAUGACACAUCGAAUUUCUAGUGGCACACACCCACCUCAAAAACUGUCAUUUCAAAACUCUCGUGUUGACGAAAAAACGAAAAACGAAACCGUAACAGCUCAAAGAGCACGAGCUGCUCCUCUUUCUGCCAUCUUUCCAUCUCUGAGUCUCUACACCAAGUCGCAACAUUUUCGCAACAUUUGUGCCUUGAUUAGAGUUUGCGUGAUAAUUGCUGUUCUAGAUGCCGCCUCUUCUGAUUUCCCCUGGCUAGUUCUGCCCUAUGUUUGAUUUGUUGUUGGACCGUUUUGUUGUUUUGUUUUAUUUUCGCAUUCGUUGCCUGUUUUUUGUCAUACAUAUCUGUUAUUCUUUUUUCUUUUUCUUUUCGCGACCACCAUAAAAGCGUGUGAGUGUGCCUGUCUCGCUCGUUCUCUUUUUCCUCGAUCUCCUACUCUUCAAACAAACGUUGGACCUCUCUUUUUUAUUGGUAAAAAAGUGUGCAUUUGAGCUUCAGAAUCCUUUUUUCCGUUACAAAUUUGACUAAUACCACCUCGUGCUCUCUUCCUCCUUCACCUGACUUUGGCGAAAGUCUGAUAAGAGAUGUUUGCCAGGAAAUUGUUGUUAUCCAACUGCUUAGGUGUUAUUUUGUGGAUUCUAGAAAGUUCUGGCAGCUUUCACCUUUUUCGCAAUUGCUAUUUUCGAUAAAUCUACCGGUAACUGAAACGUGUUAGAACAAUAUUGGUAGUAAGGCAGUGGGAAUGGUAUUUCAAACUUGUCUGAAUCGUUAUUCCUAAAAUGUCACAUAAUAGAUAGCGUCGGCGUCUUAACGACCACUUUUAAAGUUGAAGACAGUUUGCCCAACAGAUCUGCUCAAAAUUAUCAGUUUUUUAGUCGGCCAUGUACAACUUUUCUCUGGCUGCUUUCUGAUCGAUGACUCAUUUUCACUGUAGCUGAUUGUGUCCUGAAAAUGUUUUUCUCCUUCCGGAUACCGAAUUCCCAUUCUCCCAUCUGAUGACUCACUUCCGGUAUCGUUUUCUCUAGAACAAUCCGAAAAAAGUCUCGCGAGAAUAUUCAUUCAUCAUCAUUACUCAUCCAUUCCAUUUCACUUCCUGUCCGACUGUUCUCCUUCACUUUUCGCUUUCCCACUUAUCGCUAGGUUUUUCGUUUUUCAGAUCUCGCUCGGGUUGGUCGUACAGCGACGAGAACGCUGGUCACGUCGCCAUGACAAGCGUCUCAAGCAGCGACGUGCGUAGCAACGUCUCCGGAUCGAUUUCCUCGAAACGGUGAGUAAUAUUAUUGAUGAAUCAUUGAAGACAGUCACAUGGCAAACAAAAAUCAGAAGAAAAACUCAAUAUAGGUAGAAUAUGUUGAGAAAAACGUCGCCAAUUUGCAUGACAAUAUGACACUGUUCAGUCGCCCGAUUUGAUUGAUGUUCCAUCAAGUUCCCUUCGCCUCUUAUUUCCGUGAAGAACCUUCUCCUUCUCCUUCUUUUUCUUCUUCUUUUACCGUUUCUCUUGACCCUUUAUUUUUUCUCUCACAAUACCUUCGCUCCGUCGUCUGUUUACAGGAACACUUGGAACUCGUGAUAGGCUUAGGUGAUAAUAGGUAUUACGUGUAUUGAUUACAUGACUUGCGGGGGCAGGGGGUAUUAGAUCUUUGCGCUCAUUAUUCUACAUACUUUUCCGACAGUUCAGCACUUUAGGCCCUCUCCAAAACGUUUUUGUUAAGUGGGACGUUGAAACGUUUUGACGUUGUCCGGGCCACCGCGCAAAAAUCGCAUAAAAAUUUGACAUCCUCAGGCACACGUCAUGUUAUUUUUUCAAAAAAAUAAUGUCUAGCACUUGCAGCUAUCGUGGAAGUGACACCGGAUCCGGAAUGGAUAGUGAAGGCGGUGACAAUUGCACAGAAAUGUUUCUGUCCGCUCGGAAUCAAGAUGAUGAGGAGCAGGUGGAGGAGAAGCAGCUGUCGCAAUCACUGCCCGACACUCCGAAGACGCCAUCAGAGUCGGGCGCCAAAAAGGAAAAGGUACGCGUUUCAUUUUACACAAUUAUGGAACAUUCCAGUCAGUUGCACGCACUUUCGACGGAGGUGUCGAAAGUGUCAAGUCAACCUACCGGUUUUCUGUACUAUCCAUAUCCAAUCAUCAGCCUGGUGGACGAGUACAAUCGCAAUUAUCGGUUUCUCAUUUCAGAACAAGGGAAAGAUGAAGGAAUGUCCGCUGUGUGCUGCCAAAAUGUCCAGCAGCUUGUUUCCGAAGCUGAAAGGCUGCCAGCACAGAAGUUGUCGGGCCUGUUUGAGACAGGUUAGUUCUUUUUCUUGCCUGAAAGGUUUUGGAAAUCACGCGGACACCAGCGGACACAAAAAAGUUUCAUAGUUGUGAUCAAAAUCAGUCCGAAAAUAAUGUCUAAUAUCUUAUUUUUAUGGAUGAUUCGCUUUUUGCAGUAUGUGGAGCUAUCUAUCACGGAAAACCGCGUGGAAGUGCCGUGUCCAGAAUGUUCCUCGUUUCUUCAUCCCAAUGAUAUCAAGUGAGCUUAUCUUUACUCAUCCUAACUAAUGCUUCUGUGCUCAGACUGUUGGUUGGCGACAUCCCGAGCCUAAUGGAGAAGUACGAGCAGUUUAGCCUUCGUCGCUACCUGAUGACGGAAGCCGAUGCCCGUUGGUGUCCUGCACCUGAUUGCGGGUAAGUUUUCCUUCAAAUUUUGAUGAAGAUCGACUAAAAACGCCCGAUUCAUCACGACGUGACAAAAAACGAACAAAUCCACGCAAAGGUGCACCACUGACGCGUUUCCCGAUGACGCUGACGCUUUCCUCGUGCACGUUGAUUUUUCAAGUUGUUAAAGCAGUUUUCAUCAAUUUUCAGACGGAAUUGAACAAGAAACAUUUAUAAAACACUCGACUAAUAGUAAUUAGAACAUUGCAGGUUCGUCUUCAUCGCCACCAAGUGCGCAGCCUGUCCGCAACUGAAAUGUCAGCGACCGGACUGCGGAACGCUCUUCUGCUAUCAUUGCAAACGGGAAUGGCACUCGAACCAAACUUGUGAUGAGGCCCGACGCCCGGAACAACGUAAAAGUCGCGGACUGGCAUUCGAGGAGAUUAUGCGCAACGGAUUCCAUUCUGGCGGUGAUUCGACAUUGAAACGUAAGUGUUGACAGUGAUAUUCUAAAAAUUAACUUAUUGUUUUCCAGCCGGCGACGUAAAAGCCUGUCCUCGUUGCAAAACGUACAUCGUCAAGAUGGACGACGGAUCGUGCAAUCACAUGGUGUGCACAAUGUGCAAUGCGGAGUUUUGCUGGCUUUGUCUCAAGGAAAUCUCCGAUCUGCACUAUCUGAGCCCCACCGGAUGCACCUUCUGGGGCAAGAAGCCGUGGACAAGGAAGAAGAAAUUGCUCUGGCAGCUUGGUAUGUUCUUUAUACGCUGAUUAGCAGACUUGCAAUGGGCCGAGUGUAAGCUUAAAAUUCUGCGGUCCAACACAUUUCGAUGAAUUGAAUUCCUCUUUAUCUGCUUUCGAUAAAUCAAAACCGAAAACAACCUCAUUCCUCGCAGGUACUCUCGUUGGCGCGCCAGUCGGAAUCGCGCUCAUCGCAGGCCUCUCAAUCCCAGGAAUUGUAUUCGGAGUGCCAGUAUUUGUCGGACGAAAAGUGCACCAGAGAUUCAAGUACAAGUCCAAGAUAAAGCGAAGACUUCUGACUGCGACGUGUGUUGUCGGAUCACUGGUAGUCAGCCCGGUUAUGGCUGUCAUGGCAGUUGGUACGUUUUUAGAAGUAUUGAAUGGGUUAUUGUGACAUUGCCCUUUUAGAAUUCUGAAAACUGACAACAGUAUUCUAUCAGCCCCUUAAUUUUCCCGCUUUCAGGUGUCGGAGUGCCAAUCAUGCUGGCCUACGUCUACGGCGUGGUGCCGCUGUCUCUGUGUCGAAACGGCGGUUGCGGUCUGUCCUCUUCGGACUCGUCCCUCGCCUUGGCGACCAUCGACGAAGAGCAAUUGUACGGAACACCAGGAGGUGUGUAAUUUAUGCGUUUGGCGGGCGCGCAGGGCGCUCAGCCUACCCACUAACGCUCGAUUUAGGGAAAUAGAGAUGGCUAAAUAAGACGUUAGGCGAGCCACUGAAGGAUGGACGAGAAAAUUGUUUUUGCCUCGUUCUUCUCCCCUCUCCUCCUCUCUUUUCCCCUCAAUCUUCUGUUCUCUUCACCACCACCACCACCCGCCACCCCCCUACCAAUCUAGUCAUUUCAGGCAUGGCUCCCGUUGACUUAUCGCAGUUCUUGACGGAUGCGGCGAAGCGCGAGGAGGUCGUCUCUAUCGAUCCGUCGAUUCACAGCGCCGUCUCGAUGCCACACGAGAUUCGUCCAAGACAUCACACAUUUUCCGAUUUGAGGGGAAGACGAACGAGCCUGGAAUCGGGUAUGGAAAUGGGAUGGGUUCGGAAAUAGAAAGAAGGAAAGGAAGGGGAGAAGCAUGAAAUUGAAUAAUGUGAAGUCACGUCUUAAAAGUGACGGUGAAUGGCAAUAGGAAAAAGUCAAUAUAUCAAUGGAAACGUGAGCAAACGCCAGAGAGAAACGGCAAAAAGUUACGAUAGACAUUGUAGGCUCAUCGCUAGCGAGGACCUACCCACGCUCUGUCCCAAUCCUAUUUCCAUAAGUAAAAUGUAUGCACUCAAGUCUGCGAGUAGUUCAGUUUUUCUUCCCGAUCCUCCUCGGACAUCCAGUACGUAGCGUUUUGACCGACCAUGAACCACUUUUUUAAGAGUACAAUCUCAAAGGUACGUGACCGAAAUCCCAACCCACCCAUUAGAUGCGACGAGUAAAGUGAAGUGACAAUCUGAUUCGAAUUGAGGGGGUGUAUAUGUAGAUGACAAACAACACUUAUUGUAUCUGAUAUUGAAAACUUCUGAGUGAGUGUGGGCGAACAGGAACAAGCGGCUGUGGCUAUUUUCUCUCUUCAGUUGCACAUACAAAAUCGAAAAAUAUUUAUCAGUGGCACAAAAACAUAUCCCCCAGGGCUGAGAAGAAUCGCUAUCAAUUCAGUGUCAAUUUCAAUUUCCUGAGGACGUUGAGAACAAAAAAUAAAUUGAUGGUGCAUCCGGUGGCGCCGUUCGAAAUCACAAGUACGGUAGUUAGCUGCCAGUCUCCCCCGCCAGUGUGCUAAUUUCCGUUCUUCGUUAGGUACCGCACCCGGAAAUUGAAUACGUUUUUUUUACAUCUGUCUUCUCCUCCUGCUUUUUUCUUUUACUGCUUUCCAUUCAUUUUGCUCCCUUGCCCCCCUCUUCAUCUUCGCUCCUUUCCAACCUCAUCAAUUUUGCUCAAAGAGGGGGUAUGUAAUAAGAAGAUUACUGUAGAUUGAUGAACGUGAAACACUAAAACACGAGUAGGAGGAGAAGAGAACAAGUAUCUGGGGUUCCCGUCCACGUCCCUCCUUGGCCGUCGUGCCGCAAGAAAAAUAUUAUGGGCAGGCACAUAAUUCUUUCACCCUGGCUCGCUUUCUUGUGCCGUUCGGAUUUGACUCAAUUCAGAGAACACAUGAAAAAAGUGGGAAAGGAAGAAAAGAGACAAUUUGAAACGUUUCCAGGUGAACGCGUCAACUACGAAGAGGCAAGCGUCAAAGCGAUGGCCGGCUCGCAUCACUAUGACGAUAAGGUACGGUUUCUAGGAGAUCCCUCCUCUCAUUUGGCGUGAGUGGGCUGACCGCGUCAGGCGCAGAAAUGAACGUUUCCCAUUGAAAUGACGGACUGGCGAGAGAAGAGGACAAAAAUCACAGAAAUGACGAAUUUUCGGAGUCCGCCUUUUUUUCCUUGAAAACAUUUACAUUGUCAUUUUAACUGCCAUUGCUUUCCAAUUAGUGGUGAAGGAGGAAACGAGAAGAGAUGUCUACAGAACCCCUUCCGAGUGUGAAGAAUAUACCCAAAAAUACAUUUCCACUCCCUUCCAAACAGAACUAAAUACAUUUUUUUAGGGAAAAAACCGAUAUUAUACAUUUUGGCAUAACAAAUUGGCUCCUCUUUUCAUUCGCAAGGGACUAUAGUUCACAACAUUUCAGAGUCUUCACACGUUGUGCUCCGGCCACGAGGUCACCUCCCUUAAUGACGAACAAUCGAGUACGAAGGCGCUUGCCGGAUCCGUCAUGGACACAAAAAGUAUGAGCGAGAGCAUGUACCGCCACAUGAUCAUGUCGAAAUACGCGGAGAAGCAGCAAGCUCAGGAUAAUGACGAUUAUCAUGGUAAUUUUCUUCGUUUUCUUCUUCUUUUUUCUCGACUCUUUUUACGUCAUGGUUUUGUGCAGAUGAACAAGGUGGCAGUGAUGAUCAACCUUCCACGUCAUCUGCUCCGCAACCACGUAAAGGUUCCAGGCCAUCGUGCUCUUCCUCAGGCCAUCGCGGGUGCCCAAUUGGUAUGUUUUUUUUUCCAUUCUGAUAAAAAUUUCUUCGACACUGGAAGCUCCAAUCAGUUGCGUGAUGCUGUUUAGCGCGGGAACCCUGCGCACAUAACCAUGACCACACUUCUCGAAGCGAUCUCCAUGGGCGGGGCCUGUAGGGUAGGGCGCUCGAUUGGCUCUACGGCUUUCCGGCGCCAUGGGUCGGGGCGGGGGCGGAGUCAACGCUGUAAGUAUCGAAGCACUUCUGCGAGCCCCUCUCAUUCUUAUUCGGCCUCCCGCCAGGGUCUGCCGGUUUUCCUCUCACUCCUACGUCUCCUUCUUUUUCUCGCCUUCUCUUGAUUUGGUCGUCUUUUUCAAACUUCUACUCCUUUCCGCCAAACGUUCUUCUCUCCGACUAGUGGAGAGAAUACAAUGAGACCAUCGGUAGAGCGAAAAGUGAUCGUUAAACGUCUUUUCAAUUACCUUUACUGUACUUUGGUUCUAUGUAUUCAGGUUACAGUCAUAUGGUCCCUUUUUGAUCCGACAUAAACUAAUUUUCCGAAAACUUUCUCAACUUCUAGAUCCAUCAAGGUCCUUCGCCCGGUCCGACCGGCUUAGCAUAUUCUAGUCACUCUCUCAGUCAGUCAUCAGGUUAACGACACGACACACUUUAAUUUCAAGCCUUUCGGGACCGUCUAUCACACCCUUUCGUAUUUGUGGUAGAAGUCACGAGGUUCCGCAAUCCAUGUCUAGACUACAUUUGUCGCUAAUUUUUGGAUUAGAAAGGGAACAAUUGGAGGGUGUGUGGGUUGUUUGUUAGUUUCAACUAGCUAGAAAGGAAGUACGAAGUGGACAGAGUGUCCAACUCUCGGAUUUAGUAACCUUUGUCGUUCAAAGUACUGUAGUGACGUCUAGCCGGACCCCCUUAGGCGAGGCUUGGGGAUUCGUCUGUUUGGGAACAGAAGUUCUUUGAUCUUUCGAGCCCUAAUGAGGAGAAGGGGCCUUUCGAACAACGAUUCACCUCAUCAUCAUCAUCUUCAUUGCCAAUCUGACGUCAACAUCGACCGACGCCUGCCUUUUUUUUCGGGAAAUUUUGACAUUUCGGACACACACUCGCACAUAUGCCCCGCGUGUCUUGCGUCCUCCUGCCGGAAAUAACAAACCUAAUCAGGGUUCCUUCGCCCUCCACAACUCCUUCUGUGUUUUUUCUCAUCGCCUUCCCACGACUGAUCGGCGUGGUCUCCACCCUGAGAAUUUCGGGAAUUAAGAAGCCAGCGGGAGAAGACAAAACGCGCAUUGAAAGGUCGACCGAGUCUGGAAAAGAAGGCUUUCAUUUCAUUAGACGCCAAGUUUUUCAUCAAAUGUCGGGAUUCCGGAUUCGGAAUCGGAUUCAGAUUCCAAUUCUCUAUUUGAUUAGGGGAAGGCGUUUUUUUUCUUCCUUUCUGAUGGAAUGAGAUAGGGAAUACCACGAUUUCGGAUUCUAAUUAAAAAGUGGAUGGUGAAAUUUAGGGCCGGUCAUGACGCGCGGCGAGGAAUUCCCGGAGAGAACAACGCAACUGAUUGAGAGUUCCGGGCUUAAAAACAUAACGUACUGAAAAUAAACACGCCGAACAUUUUAAGAGCGCGACGACGAUGGAAUUCUUUUGAACGAAGAAGGAGCCGCGUUGCUGAUCAAUUCGCCACCCGCGAUGCGUAGCUCGGGCAGCGUUAACGUUGACCCCAUCGAUCUGUUCAAGAUCCGUAGCUGGCUUGAUAACAUGAAACAAAUGGUGGCCACAGACGCGCCCCAAGAGAAACCCUACGAGUGAGUUUCAUUGGAGUCCACUUACUCGGCGACAUUUAAAACUCGAACAUUUUUAGGCCAUCUAGCCGCCCGGGUAGCAAACUGCGUAGGUCGGGAAGCGGAAAAAGUGUGCACACUGUGGCCACGUUUCCAGUGUCCUUUGCCACGGGCCAGGGGACUUCCAACUUGUCCAUUCCGGAGACUGUUCAGAUUGUUAACCCGCUUCCCGAUGGACAGGGCCCUUCGAGCAGUAGCAUCGAAGUGAACCCCGGGAGUGCGGAGUCUUUUGGUGCUGAGGAUAACAUCUCGACGAGCUCCUCGUCUGGUAGCCAGAAGAAGAAGCGGAGAUUCGGCAUCUUCAGCAACUGGUUCAACAAGUCGAAAUAA